AUGGAACGAGAACUCGAACAAAUCGUCGACGAGGAGCGCAGAUCCGGAUUCGAAAGCGACGACGACGACGACGGCGGAUUCGACGAUGAUUUGAUCGACUACGAUGACGAGGACGAGGAUGAGGACGACGACGAUGAUUUCGACGAUGCGUUCGUCACGGACGAGUAUUCGUUUUCGAGCGACUCGCACUCCUCGAUCGAUGAGACGCAGGAGGGUGAAGUGCAGCAAACGCAAGAGGCGUUCGAGACGGUCGUCCCGGAGACGCAAGUAUUGAUUUCGCAGCAGGCGAACGAUGAUGUCGUCAUCAUUCCGGACGAAGACGCGGACGAGAUUCCACCGGGCGUGAACGACGCGAUCGAAGUGCGCGAUGCGAACGCGCUGCCGACUGAGGAUUUAAUCCGGUUGCUCAAGGAACGUAUGAGGUCUGGCGAAGCGAGGGAGAUCGAGGCGAGGUUGGAGAGUGAAGGCUUCGUUCGGGCGGAUCGCGAUGUACCCCGUGCUACGCCAGCGCAAACGGAGCCGAUACGUCGGCGCGGACGUGGCCCCGACCGUAGACCACGAAAGAGGAGACGCCGCGUCGUCGAGCCUGGGCAACGGACGCUUCACGACGUUGGCUUCGGGACGGGCGCUGAAAACGGCGCCGAAAGGGCUGUCGACGAUGACGACGGUGACAUCGUCGUAGAAGGUGUGUCGCGUCACAUCCCACGACUCGAUCGACCUCCCGUGCCAUCGACUGUUGAUGAGCUUUACGAUGUUUGGGAGCGCACGGCGAAGGAUCUCGUUCCGCGAGACGCAUCUAUUUACAGUAAUUUUCGGUAUGCGUUCGGAGACGAAAGCGAACGCGGCGAGCGUUAUCGCGAGAAAGAAAUGAAGGAUAUCGGAAAUCUGCUGUUCAAAUAUAAAGCGGACAAAAAGCCUGGACAGCACGCAAUGCUCAAAGGCCGCGAACGCGAGGGUAAGACGGGCGCGUUGUUUUCCAUAACUCUCGCAGCCUUACUCUUGAACAUCCGCGUCGUCAUUCUUUGCGCGCCUUUGAAGGUUGCGCCGAUCUGCGACAUGGUACGAAAGCUCAGACGUGCUGGUUUCGGGCGUAUGUACGACACGCAGCACACGCUCGGACCGGUGCAAGCCAAAAGAAAUAAGAUCCCCAGCGCUCAAAUGGGACAAAUAUACGUCGCCUCUCUUUGUACGUUGGGAGAUUUGAAAAAGGUGAAGAACUGGAUCAACUGUCAGAAACGAGACGGUCAGUUGACGUUGACGCUCAUGGAUGAAUGCGACGAGCUCACUCAAGGAAAGGGGCACAGUACAAUAGAGAUUGAGCACAGAGUAGACCCAGACACGUUUGCGCAGUACAUCCGUCAAGAAAGACGCGGUGAAGAUUAUGAAGACGUGCUCGAUGUACCAAGCGAUCGAAAGGCGAGAGGGAAGAAUUUCAAAGCGCAAAUCGCAAAGGCAUCCCAAUAUUUUCGACAGCACGUGCAUCCCGAGACGCAAGUGAUCGCGUGCUCUGCGACGCUGAGCGGCUACGUCUUGAAUCCUAUUGGCGUCUUCCGUAACGAUUUGCCGACGAGUAUUUUCAAAGUGUUUCCAAAGGAUGGAUACUGUGGCAUCGAAAGAUUCAAAAUCCCCGAAGGCUGCGAGCUCGAACACGACGGCAAUUUAUCCUUGGAGGCUUUCAGUGAGUCGAACGCUGUGGGAAAGUUACUACAACGCUUUUAUACGCGAAGAAACGAAUGCGAUGGGCAACGUCUCCAACCUUUGCCAGGGAGCUCAGCGACCGAAAUCGCACUUCGUGGUAUGCUGUUUUUAUCGUGCACCCCGAAGGUGAACGUGCACGGCGGCGUGCAUGAUCUCGCAAAAACGGUGACACAAAUGGUUGAUUCUUGGGGCACUGGCAUCAGUUCACAGAAGACUCUAUUUAUUUGCUACGUUGGAUCGCCGCGGGUACUUUUCGCGGGUAGUUGGCAGUCGAUGCCCAGUGGAUAUUCGUUUGAAGCUAUUUACAACGAAACCGCGUCUCGUGUGAAAAAAGAGAAAUUUGCGAACGUUUCCCUUCGAAAAGACGAGCCAUUCAGCAAAGUUUGCACGCACGUCGUCCUCAUCGGCUAUAAUCUCACGCGUCGCGCGAUGACGGCGGCGUUCACUCCGAAAGACGAACCUGGAGUACUGUGCAAAAUCCAAUAUGGCAUCAUCACUGCGCCGAAGACAACGGCAGUCGAUACCACGAGCCAACGAGUGAAUCGUCCAUCUCACGAGUUCGCGCAGCACGUGGUGCCUGAAAACUAUAGCGUCGACGUCGCGAUGUGGCCUCAAACUUUGGAGGUGUGCCAACGUUAUCGAGAGAUGGAGGACAAAAUGGUGGAAGAACAACGUGGGUCGCCGAAAAUCCACGCCGAGUUCCGCCAAGCGAUCGACGUCUAUCAACAAGGUCUCGACAGCCACAUAGUUUCCAAGAGGCGCAUUCCUCUCGAUUGCAUGAGCAACACCGGUCGCAAAGAGCGAUAUCGCCAGCAAUCGGCCGUGGAUCCGGACGAAAUCGAACAUCUGAAGGCCUUCAAAGUGUGGCUAGAGAAUCACGAAUACCAGCCAGGCAAAAAGUUGCACCAAGAAUCAGUGAGGGUCUACUACGCAAUCAUAAGACGGUAUUUCGUGAGCAACGCUGACAUUGGAGACAUUAUUAAAGAAGUGAAAGAUUGGGUAGAACGUCAUCCAGAAGCCUCGGACUCUGAGGAAAACGAAUGCAAUCCGCGUAGCGCAGCUAGCGAGCGCACUAGCGAGCGCACUAGCGAGCGCACUAGCGAGCGCUUCCUUGCGCUCGCAAGGAAGCAUUUCCUAAGUUUUUGGGAAGAUAGAUCUCGUGGGUAG